UAAACUUAAUGUACUUCAGUUCAGUAGUUUUGAAGAUUUAUUGAUUAAAAGCUUAAAUAAAACUAAUACAUCAUCAUUAGUGGAGAUCAAUACAUUUGGCAGCAAAGUAAUUUAAAAAUGAAGAAUGAACUGACCACCAUGACUCUCCAUGCAAUAAUAAAAGAUUUUGCUCAAAACGUUGCCGCACAUUUUGCAAUAUUUGAGAAGUAAUUUGAAGGCACUCAUUCACAAUUCUUUGUCGCAGGUCUUCUAAUGAUGUUGGCUGAGUAGCAUAGGCUUUGCUUUUUAAAUGACUCCACAUAAAGAAAUCCACAGGUGAUAAAUCUGGCGAUCUUGGAGGCCAUUCAAUGGCACCUCUUCUACCAAUCCAUCAAUCUGGAAGCGUCUGAUCUAAAUAUUGUCGAACACGUAAUGCGCAAUGUGGUGGGGCACCAUCCUGUUAGAACAUCAACCUAUUCGCAACGUACCGCCGAUCAUUCUGAUUUUCAAUUAUGGCUGCUAAUGCAGGAUCUAUGGCGUCUUCCAGUAUUUCCAAAUACAUUUCACCGGUCAUAUUUCCAGGAUUGGUGUACUCUCAGACCUUCAACGAUUUAGACAGUGAUGAUAACCUGAAGAAGAUUCAAGAACAUUUACCGCCCGAACUUGCGAAUUUGAAUAUGUCUAGUCUACCAAAAUUGGAACAAGUAGAGAAAGUUUUGAGGGAAAAAUGCCAAAAAGUGAGCGGUAGUGAUAAUGCUGUCGACCUACUUAAGACUGAACAAGUGACAGCGAAAGAGUGCAUGGAAAAAUACAUAAACGCUAGUAUAGUGCAAGAAGAACUAGAGAGGGCGAAAGACACGGGUUCGAUGGAUGAAGUGUUUGGAAAAUACUGCAAAAAGUGGCCUGAUAUUCAAGUAUGCUUUGAGAACGCCACUACCUUCGCAAGGCAGUGUAUGGACAACCAGGAACAAAACGCUUUCAAUAGCAGCUUGACGAUACUUCAGGAACUGCAGGAGUUCGUAUGUUUCAAAGAUGGAGAUAGGUUAGCCAUGUUUGUGGCAGAAGGCGGUAUAGAAUGCGUUGACGAACAGAAGCAAGGCGUGCAAGAUUGUUUGAACAAAACUUUAGGUGCUAGACUUCCGGAGACCAAUGAAUUGUCCAUCACCAACAUUCCAACUUUCCUAUUUUCAGCUAAAGAAUGCGAAGAUUUCGAAACGGUGCGCACGUGUAUCAACGCUGAGCUGGAGAAGUGCAAGGACAGCACGCCCGCUAACAUCGUGGACGCCUUCUUCAAGUUCCUCAAAAAACAAAUGCCGUGCGGGGAGGGAAGCGUCCACGCUAAAGAAGUGGCUGCCAGCACGCAGGAAAAAACAAGCACUGCUUCUACCUCUACCAUAACGUUAUUUGUUUCAUUGCUACCUCUGCUUAUGGUCACUUUUACAUUUUAGAUUAAAUGUGUAAUUUCGCGUAUGUAUGCUUGUGCGUGGAACAAUUUGGAUAUCUGGAUAGUCUUAUGAAAUUGAAAAGUCACACUUGGGAUUGCAAUGUCAUUUGAAAGAGAUUAUGAUGAAGACAGAACAAUCUGUUGCACAGUUUUUCAAAUGAUAAGCGAGAUCACCACUUUUAAAAACGAAAGUGUUAAGUAACAUACAUUUAGCGUUUUUUUACUCAGAGCUACUUUCUUGAUUUGAAUGCACCUUAGAAUUCUGAGUGAUAUUUUUUUGUUGUAAUAGUGCUAAAAUGUCAUAUGCAACAAAACUUAUUAAUAAUGUUCAUUGAUUCCGUUUAUGAGACACCUAAAUAGUAGUAACGCUUCUUUAUAUAUCUAUUAUUUUAAUUAGGCUGAGACAUAUUCCUUUUUACUAAUUUUAUUACAUCAAAUCAUAAAAUUUUUGUUAGUCGCGCUUAAACAUUGAAAAGAUUCAUGUCUAACAAUGACUUAAUAUUGUGCUUUACUCAGAUGACAUACUUCUUCCUCAUAUUAACUAUACUAUAGUAACUAGUUAAAUCGUUGUUUUGUUUUUGUUUAUCAUCAGAGACUGAUUUAUUUUUCAGUGUAUUUUUUACUUAAAACAACAAACAUUUAUUUGUUUUACUUAUUUUAUUGUAAUUUAGUGUAUGGUCUUUUGAGAUAACCUUUUUAAGAGAUAACUUAUGAUUAUCAUAGAGAAAAGUGUGUAAAAAAUGUGAUAUUUCUUAGAAAAAAAUAUAGAUAAUAAAUGUACAAAAAAC